AUGAGAGACAUAACUUCAAGCAGUGGACAAGUCGUAGGAGUGACGGCCAGGAGAAGUGAAUCAGCUGAUGCUGAGUGCAUCAACCGCCUCAUCACCCCCACGACUGAGGAGCUUUUUGGUCCAGUCAGCGUCCUCCAUCUCCUGGAAAAAGCCAACCUGGCGGUGACGUUGGAAAAUGACAAAGGAGAGGUGGUGGCCCACGCGUCGUUCCUGGACUAUCCUGCUGGAGAUGUGGUGGAUGCCGCUCACUGGGAAACGUACCUGCAGAAACGCUUCCAAGCUGAGGCCUUCACACCAUGGAACACUCUCUUCAUACACCUGUUUGUGUCGCAGCACAGCUUCACCACAGCAAGCUUUCAGCACAUCAUGAGGGCAGUGUUCAACACCACAGCUGAGCUUGAAUUUUUGUGCCUGCUCAGCCCAACGUCCGUCUGCUUAGAACCAUGUCUGGAAGAAAUGUUUGAGCCUCUGCAGCGUAUUGCAGUAGAAGCAGAAGAAGACGUUGAAGAAGAAGACGCUCAGCUGUCAGUAUUGGUUUGUCACAGACGUAGAUUCUGUCCAAGACUUCUCAUUCGCCCUGCCAGAGUUGAAGACCACGAUGACGUUAUGCACAUUGUGGCAGAGCAGACCAAGCUGCUGUCCUACAUGGACCAGCCUUACUUCCUGUCGGAGCUGAUUGAGGCUCAGGAUGAGCAGAACCAUGCUGCUGUGUGUGAGUGUGAUGGUGCUAUCACUGGGUUCAUCAGUGUCACUGCAGAGGUGGACGUGAGGACACUACAGCGACAUUUUGACUUAAGAGACUUUGAUUGGUUGUGCAAAGGUCAUCAAGACGACAAUCUUGCAGAACAGGCGGAAAAGGUUGCUGAAAAAAAACUAGUAGAAAAAAAAGUAGAAGAAGGUGAAGGUAAAGGAGAAGGUGAAAAAGUAGAAGAAGGUGAAGAACAAGGUGAGGAAGAAGAAGAAGAAGAAGAAGAAGAAGAAGAAGAAGAAGAAGAAGAAGAAGAGUCUGCUUCAUCAAACACCUUCUGCAUCCAAUUCUUCUUCUCAGAAAAGAACUACGAGAUAAGAUCACUGGACUUUAUACCAUACAUUUUCCAACUCUUCCCUGACUUGGACUUCUGCAUCAUCACAGUCCCAACAUUUUCUCCAGAUUUCCCGCUCCUGCUCAACUUUCUGAGAGUUCCUCCACGACGGGGCAGCUUGUUGCCCUCUGACCUCUACAUCCUGCACCGUGAUGGGCUCAGGAAUGUCACGGUGCGAUCACUGACGCCCUCUGACCGGCCCGCUGUGUCUGACCUGGUCAUGGACCUGAGGCUGGGUCCUGCCCUGCUUAAGGACCUUGACCUCAUCUUAGACGCUCACACUGACCCAGUCACUUUGCAGGCCUUUGUGGUUGAAGUGGACAAUAAGGUCGUUGGCACGCUGAUCAUCAGAGAUGAAGAGGAAAUGGAGUACAUUCGGGCUUGCUACAACAUUGAGAGCUUCAUCUACUUCAGCCAUCAUGGCGACAAGGAGCACGCUCAGGUCCGUCACUUUGUUCUCAAGCGUUGCUUCCAGCACUUCAGCAAACACUUGUUCAAGGAGACGCUGCGUCUGGCCCACAAGUCCUGCCUGUACCACCGCGUGUACCCGCUCAGUGCCAGUCAGCAGGAAUGCUGUGUCUAUCAUCUGGACUUCAUCUUCAACUGUGCCGUUCCCGUGCGUCCGCGACGUCAGAUCAUUUACCCUCUGAAGGACCUGGGUGCCAACGCUCCUGCCAGGAGCAUCACUGACCAACAGGCCCCGUUUGCUCUCGGCCUCAUCAGCCGCAAGCUGACCAUGGAGCCAAAGGUUACCGUCAAUGCCAGAAUUGUUCUGGUGGGGGCGUCAAACACAGGCCUGUCCUUCCUUGAGGUGCUUUGUUUCUGUCCCCACCUAAGAUUCAACAACCUCACCCUCAUCUCAACGCAUGGUUUCCCUGACCACAGCAACCUCCAAGGCGCAAAGUUCCUGUCCACGAGCCACGCCUACAGCAGUGGCGCCCUGCAACAGUUGCCACUACGCUCCUGCGUCACAGAGAUCGCUGCCAAGAUGGUCGCCAUUGACAGGAAGUCCAAACACGUGCUGGUGUCCAGUGGUGCUAAGAUUCCCUACGAUUACCUUGUCCUCUGCACCGGCCUGCAGUACCAAGUUCCGUGUCCAACACUACUGGAUCCGAACCAGGAGGACAAAAACGAGCAUCAUCAAGGGCUGUCCUGCCCCCCCAGGUACACCGGGCCGGUACCGUCGAAUUUCUUCACUCUCAAUGACCAACAUGACUGUGCAACCGCCCGCCAAUGGCUGCUUGACAACUUUACAGGGAAGAAAGAUAACGCUAUUGUCUACGGGAACAGCAUUGAUGUCUUCACCACCGUGGAGACGUUGCUCCGUCUUGGAGUGCGAGGUGCCUGUAUUCACCUGGUCCUGCCUCCUCUGGAAGGUGUCAUUUGCAGUAACCCACCUCCCGACUCUGAGAUGUCCAAUGACCCGCCUCCUGACUGCGACUUGUCCAAUGACCCGCCUCUUGACUCUAUUGCAUCCAAUGACGCGCCUACCAACUCUGAUGCAUCCAAUGACCUGCCUCCAAACUCUGAAACAACCAAUGACCCGCUGCCUGACGCUCAGGUGUUCAAUGACCCACCUCCUGACUCUGAUACAUUCAAUGACCCGCCUCUUGACUUUGACGCAUCCAAAGACUCACCUCUCAACUCCGACGCAUUCAAAGACCCACUUCCUGACUCUGGCGCAUCCAUUGACCCACCACCUGACUGUGACGCAUCCAAUAACCCACCUUCUGACUCUGAUGCAUCCAAUGACCUGCCUCCCAAAUGUGACACAUCAAAUGACCCGCCUCCUGACUCUGACACAUCUCAUGACCCACCUCCUGAUUGUGACGCAUCCAACUUUGAGGCAUCCAAUGACCCGCCUCCUGACUCUGACGCAUCCAAUGACCCACAUCCCGUCUCUGAAGCAUCCAAUGACCUGCCUCCUGACUCUGACUCCUCCAAUGACCCACCUCCCGAUUCUAACACAUCCAAUGACCCACCUCCCGAUUCUAACACAUCCAAUGACCCACCUCCCGAUUCUAACGCAUCCAAUGACCCGCCUCCUGACUCUGACUCAUCCAAUGACCCACAUCCCGUCUCUGAAGCGUCUAAUGACCCUCCUCCUGACUCUGACUUCUCCAAUGACCCACGUUCCGGUUGUAACACAUCCAAUGACCCACCUCAAGAUUUUAACGCAUCCAAUGACCCACCUUCCGAUUCUAAAGCAUCCAAGGACCCAAAUCCCGAGUCUGAAGCGUCCAAUGACCUGCCUCCUGACUGUGACGCAUCCAACGAUACACUACCUGAGAGUAACGACUACAGUGCCCUGCCCGCAGACCCCAGUGUUUCCUACUUUGUUGACCCCGCUGUGGAGAAAGCUGUGAUGUCGCGCCUGCAGAAGGCCAGGGUUCAUGUCCACCGGGACUGCGUGCUGACCAACAUGAACGAUGGAGGUCAUCCUGAUCCUCUCAUGUCGGUAUCUUUCAGCACCGCCUCAGAACCUCUCCACCUGCCAUGCGGAGUGUUCAUCAACCUUUCCAAUAAAGGAGUGGACUACGAUGCAUUCAGGAGCAUCAGCAGCUCGUUCCUGGUCUUUGACGGCCGGCUGGUCAUCGACGCCAUGUUCCACACCAACGACCCCUCAAUUUGGGGUGCUGGCCCGCUCACCAAAUUCUCUCGCGCGUACUACAGCGAGGAGUGGUCGCACGCCAACUUUAACUCCAAGGAGGUGGGCCAGGAGCUGGCAGCCAUGCUGCUGACCCACUUCGACCCCACACUGGAGCCGGUUGACGAGACACCAGGCGCCACCGACCGACUGGUUCCCAUCUACAAAAAUCCAAUGAUUCAAGGUGGGAAGUUACCGGGAAGAUUAAACUUUCUGCAUGUCACCAAACCAGCAGCCAGCAGCCAGUCAGGAACUUCUGUUGAACACGGUCGACACGUGGCGACUGGACAGGCAGAGAAGGGAGACUAUCUCUGUCUGCAUCUGGACCAAAACCAGCUGGUGGAGACACUUACCUGUUUGUCCCUAAAGCCCCUUCCCGUCCCAAACCUCCUGUGUCUGUACGGCAAGCACCAGACGCUCCUGGGUCAGCUUCUGGUUCGUCUCGACCUGGGCCAGAUCCAGGACCUCUACAGUUUCUUCAAGCAAAGCUGGUGUCUGGCCAUCUUUCACGACCGUUUCUGUGACUUUGAGGAAGAGCUGGUUUACGUCACUUCAGCCAACACUCUCACUGAAAGCGAGUUGAAGCAAAUGGUUGCCGUGGAGGACAGUGCUCAUCAUCAGGCUGUGAUGAAGGACGACGCCAGUAAAGCAGCGCUCAGGAGGAGCGCUGCCAAAUAUUUGUCUUUCAACAGCAACCUGCUGCCCAUGUUCACCUGUCCUCUGGACUAAUGACAUCACUGCACCAGAAUGAGCCCACCGACACUUCGAGUGGCUGCACCGGUCACAUGACCAUAUGUCAUCUGAUCCCCAAUGAACAUUCAUGCAGAUCACACUUUGACCUACUUGGACCCUGCCCCCCAAAAUACACAUGAUUGCCCUCAGCACACGUCUGGACACACGACCCCAAAGUGACCCCCCUAAUGUGAACCCCUGUCCUUAUCCCCCCCAGGGCUUGUCAAUAUUUUGCUUGACAAUAAA